UCCGUGACGCACUUCCGGCAACGCCGCGUAGGAUUCGGAACCCGGCGGAAACGGGCUUGCGGUGCGACAACGGGGAUGGAUACGCUGGCGGUCAUGAUGCAGGCCCUCCUGACCCAGAACCAUGCUUUACGUAGGGAGAACAACGAGCUCAUGGACCAGGUGCGGCGCCUGUUGUGCGAGAAAGCCAACCUGCUGGCGCAGGUGCGUCCGCCGGUCUGCCCGGUAGCUUUCCCCGAAACGUUUGACGGCGACUCCGCCCGACUUCCCGAGUUUUUGAUCCAAGCGGCCUCUUACAUGAACUUUUUCCAGGCCAGAUUCUCCAGCGAUACCCUGAAGGUGGCGUUUCUAAUCAGCCGCCUGACGGGGCCGGCAGAGCAGUGGGUGGUCCCCUACAUCGAGAGAGAGAACCCCAUCCUGACUCAGUACGAGGGUUUCGUGGACGCACUCAAGCGGGCCUUCGGCAGGGAUGCAUAGAAAGGCCCCAGCCACGCGCCACGUGACAAGGGGACAGCAGCGGCCCGCGCCUGCUUUGCUUGUCUUUGCUCCACAAAUGGCUUCGCAGCUCGAAGCUGCUGGACCCUACUGCUCGCCCCAACCCCAGCGCUUUUGCACCGCCUCGCAGCCCACUUCUUGCCUGGGGACCUGUAUGAAGUUAAAAUAACCCUAAAUCACAACCCUGGCCAUCUCCGACGACUGCUUCUGAUCCCUUGAAAAUCAGAGCCAACUUAGGGAGGACCUGAUGGUGUCUGUCAAACCUCUUGGACGCUGAUUUGACUAGCUUGGGCCCUGAGCUUCUAGGGUCAAAAAACAUUGAUAAUGGAGAUGGGACAGUGUUUGACUUGUGUCCACUUGGUUUUAUAUCCUUAUACUAAAUAGAGUAUUAGCUCCCUCUUUUUAAGUAAGUCAUUUUGCAAUUUAAAGCUGCAGUUUUCUCUUCAUUAAAGACAUUUACUAGAUUGUUGAAGUUUGGUUUGAAGUUCUGUUAUUCUCUUUUAUGGGGCCAAAGAAGGCAAGAAAGAGGAGGAUUUGUGACCUCUUCUUAAGCAGUUUUUCUUAAAAGCCUCUAAGGAAAAUCUGUAACUGCCUUUCUUGAAAUGUUCAUGCGUUUGCCAUUGGAUGGUCACUGUGUUCUUGAAUUCCUAAAGUGAGUUAAACUGAUAACUACUUCCUUUGUGGACAAUUUAUGCACCUGGGAGGAUCAUGAGGGGAAAUAAACACUAUGUUUUUGCAAGGGUUGAUUUAUACACAGGUUAUAGUAGUUAUUUUAUGCCCAGUUAGCAUUAGAAAAGUUCCAGUCUCAGCCCCCCCAGCAUGACCCUGUAUGUACCACAUUUU